AUGGUCAAAGAAACAAAGCUUUACGAUCAACUGGGCGUCAAGCCCACGGCAUCACAAGACGAAAUCAAAAAGGGCUACCGCAAAGCGGCUUUGAAGUACCACCCCGACAAGAACAAGGACAACCCGGACGCUGCCGAAAAGUUCAAGGAGUGUUCCCAAGCCUAUGAGAUUCUUUCCGACCCCGAGAAGCGCAAGAUCUACGACGACUACGGCCUGGAGUUCCUCCUCCGCGGCGGCGGCGCCCCGCCCCCAGAUGCAGGCGGUGCGAACCCCUUCGCGGGCGCCGGCGCUGGUGGCAUGCCGGGCGGCUUCAACUUUGGAGGUAUGCCUGGCGGCGGCGGCGGCACGCGCUCGUUCCACUUCAGCACCGGUGACGGUGGCAGCAGCGGGUUCCGCUUCAGCAACGCGGAUGACAUCUUUGCAGAGUUCAUGCGCUCCGGCUCCUCUGGCAACAUGGGUGGCGGCGCUGGUGGCGAUGAUUUUGCGGACAUCUUCUCGUCCUUUGGAGGCGGUAUGCCGAGGUCCAGUGGCGGCGGACGGUCGUCACGCAUGCGAAGCACGGGCGGCGGCUUCGACGGGCCGAGGCCGAGGGAGGUCACACCUGAGGUUACGACCGUGGAGAGGCCACUGCCGCUCACGCUUGAGGAGCUGUUCCGCGGCGUGACGAAGAAGAUGAAGAUUAAGCGCAAGACUUUUGACGACAACGGCAAGAGGACGACGACGGACCAGGUGCUCGAGGUGCCUAUCAAGGCCGGUCUGAAGAAGGGCAGCAAGAUCAAGUUCAAGGGUGUCGGUGACCAGGAGGAGGGCGGUCAGCAGGAUCUGCACUUCAUUCUGGAGGAGAAAGCCCACCCGCUAUUCGCCCGCGAGGGUGACGACCUCGUGCACACGGUUGAGCUGGACCUCAAGGAAGCUCUCACCGGCUGGAAGCGCACCGUCACCACCAUCGACGGAAAGCAGCUCAACAUUGAAAAGAACGGCCCCACGCAGCCCGGCAGCACGGAUAAGUACCCUGGUCUUGGCAUGCCCAUCUCCAAGAAGCCCGGCACGAGGGGCGACUUCAUCAUCAAGUACAACGUCAAGUUCCCCACGAGCCUGACGCCGGCGCAGAAGCAGAAGCUGAGAGAAAUUUUGUAA